CGCCCCGCACUCCACAUGGCCCGUGGGGGUUUCCGCGUCCUCCGGGCGGGGCCGGAAGAGGAAGUCGGCGCCGCAGCGGCGGCCCCAGCAGCCGCGGCGGCCCCAGUCGAGCGCCGCGGUCCGACCCUGUCCCGCCCGGCCACCGAGGCAGCGCCGCGACGGGCCCCGGAGCCUGCCCCGCUGAGCCCGCACGCGCCGCCGGCGCCCCCCGUCAGGUCGAUGGGUCGGCAGCCGCCGCUGCCCCCCGCCGCGGCCGCGCUGCUCUGGGGCCUCCUGCUCCCUCUGACAGCUGCUCACGAAGCAAUCCUCCAUGCCUCUGGAAAUGGCACACCUUCACCAUCUAAGGACUACUGCAUGCUAUAUAACCCUCACUGGACAUCUCUUCCAAGUACCUUAGAAAAUGCAACUUCCACUAGUUUGAUGAAUCUGACUACCACACCACUCUGCAACAUUUCUGAUAUUCCUCCUGAUGGAAUAAAGAACAAAGCAGUUGUGGUACAGUGGGGAACCUGCCAUUUUCUGGAAAAAGCCAGAAUUGCACAAACAGGAGGUGCUGAAGCUUUGUUGGUUGCCAAUAACAGUGUCCUAUUUCCUCCCUCAGGGAACAAAUCUGAAUAUCUUGAUGUGAAAAUAUUGAUUGCAUUUAUAAACCACAAAGACUUUAAAGAUAUGAAGCAGACUCUCGGAGAUAACAUUAUUGUGAAAAUGUAUUCUCCAUCGUGGCCUAACUUUGACUAUACUAUGGUGGUUAUUUUUGUAAUUGCUGUAUUCACUGUGGCAUUAGGAGGAUACUGGAGCGGGCUAAUUGAAUUGGAAAACAUGAAGGCAAUGACAAACACUGAAGAUAGAGAAAUGAGGAAAAAGAAGGAAGAAUAUUUUACUUUUAGUCCUCUAACAGUUAUAAUAUUUGUGGUCAUCUGCUGUAUUAUGAUGGUCUUACUUUAUUUCUUCUACAAAUGGCUGGUUUAUGUUAUGAUAGCAAUUUUCUGCAUAGCAUCAGCGAUGAGUCUGUACAACUGUCUUGCUGCACUAGUUCGUAAGAUACAAUGGGGACGAUGCACGAUUACCUGUUGUAGCAAGAGCUUUGAAGUGAGACUUUAUCUUCUCUCUGGACUGUGCAUAGCAGUAGCUGUUGUUUGGGCUGUAUUUCGAAAUGAAGAUAGGUGGGCUUGGAUUUUACAGGAUAUCUUGGGGAUUGCUUUCUGUCUGAAUUUAAUUAAAACACUGAAGUUACCCAACUUCAAGUCAUGUGUGAUACUUCUGGGCCUUCUUCUCCUCUAUGAUGUAUUUUUUGUUUUCAUAACACCAUUCAUCACAAAGAAUGGUGAGAGUAUCAUGGUUGAACUUGCAGCUGGACCUUUUGGAAAUAAUGAAAAGUUACCAGUUGUCAUCAGGGUACCAAAACUGGCCUAUUUCUCAGUAAUGAGUGUGUGUCUCAUGCCAGUUUCAAUAUUGGGUUUUGGAGACAUCAUUGUACCAGGCCUGUUGAUUGCAUACUGUAGAAGAUUUGAUGUUGAGAUUGGUUCUUCUAUAUACUAUGUUUCCUCCACAAUUGCCUAUGCCAUUGGCAUGAUUCUUACAUUUGUUGUUCUGGUGCUGAUGAAAAAGGGGCAACCUGCUCUCCUCUAUUUAGUACCUUGCACACUUAUUACUGCCUCACUUGUUGCCUGGAGACGAAAGGAAAUGAAAAAGUUCUGGAAAGGUAGCAGCUAUCAGUACAGCUUUAAGGGUGCAGUGGUUUAUUAUAAGCACCUUUCCUCCUUUCUAUGCUGUUUAUUGAGGAGAAAGGAGAUGCUAGAUGAUGGACCAUCUGGACUCUGCAACAAAUGAAGAAAACCCUGGGACUGCUGGUGAACAGAUUGUCCAACAAUAAUAUUAUGUGGACGUGCAAUAAUGUGUCGAUUGAUUUUCUACAAAUAGAGUUUGACUUUUUAAAUUGACUUUUGAAUUGACAAUCUGAAAGAAACUUCAAUGAUAUGCUUGCAAAUAUGUAUCUGUAAGAGCUGGUACUGACAAUUACAUGACAAAUAAUUAAAAUACAAUUGCUUUUAACUAUGUUAAAGUUGUGCCUUCACAUUAAAUAAAAGCAUAUGGUCUGUGUAAUUUUCAGGAUGUAUUAUAUAUAGUAUAUUUUUAUAAAAAAAAAGCUCUUCACCCACCCCUGUACUUGUCUUAAUUACUAAAGUCUGUUUCUUUCAACUCUAAUGAUAGAUAAAAGUAUUUGUCAAAGUGAAUUUCCGAGCAGAUAUUACUGUAAAGAAUUAUGCAAACUUUAUGCUCUAUAGAACUAACUGUUUAAGAUCAUUCAAGAAGGCAGUUCAGCAGUGGAAUUUUGGACCUUUUAUCACUGCAGAGGUUAGAAAUACAUGAUUUGGGAAUACAGAUAAAAGUGUAUUUUUGUAGCAUAAGUUUUAAAAAAUCCCAAUCCUUUUUUAAACUUGAGAACCUAAAUUACUUCAGAUUGCAUAUGUGUUAUAUUAGAAUAUUUUUCCAUUUAUAGAGAAACAUAUAAAACUAGUCAUUUGAAAGGAAACAAAAAUUGAAAUCCACAUUUUUCAGUGGUCUUCUGUUUCCUUGAAGAUGUAGCUUAAAUUUCUAAACUAACCUGUAAUUCCACUAUGGUAUUUCUGAUCUCUGAAGUUUGGAUCUGCUAAUGUUAAGACUUAAUAUUUUGUAAAAAUUAUUUUUCUUAGAAAAUUAUAUAUUAAUACAUAUGACUCAUUGCUUGAGUAUUAACAUCUCUAAUAAUCCCUUCCUCUAUCUUCCCCCCCCCCACCCCAAGUUCCUACUCCUUUCCCCAUGGGAGACCACUGUUAGCUUUUUAAAAUUUGGGUGAAGCAUGGUUUACUAAUGUACAAACUGUGCUUCAGAGGAAAGAAUUGGAGACAGAAGACAAGAUACUGGGUGUUAGUCUCAAUUUAAUUACAAAAUUUGAGUAAAUUUUAUUAGCUCAAUGCAAUUGUAUCUCAGUUUUCUCAUCUGCAAAAUGAGUUUGUUAGACCAAGUAAUCACUCUGCUACCUUCCAACUUGAAAAAAUUUUCUUUCUUUGUUCAAUCUCAUAUGUGAAUUUGAACAUUAUCCUGUGAGUCAUAGGUCAAAUUGUCUAUUUUCUUUUCUCUUAAGAAAUCCCCAAAUGAAAAGUGAUUGCAAAGAUAGCAAGAUUUUGUAUUUCUCUGUAAAUAAUGUAUAAGAUAUGUGAACACAUCUACGAUUUUUCAUUCUAAGGCCAGUUUAACUGAUUAAAAGAUAAAGUUAAUGUCUUUCAAAAAUGGAUCAAACCUUUGAUGUUUGACCUAAGUUUAACAUUUGAGGGAAUUAGAUGCUUUUGAUUCAUUGAUAUCUUCCCAGAUUGUUAAGUUACUGAGUAAUUUACAGAUAUAGAGGCUCCCUUGACAGCCCUUCUUUCUACUUAAUAGACUUAUGGGUCACUUGGUUUAUGACAAAUAAAUGACAAAUAACUAUCUGACAAGUAAGAGUUCGUGUUGAUUUUGCCUCCAUAAUAUCAAGUUUGACUUUUUUCCAAAGAAUCUAAUUUAUUUGGCAGACUCGGAUAGAGAGAAGAACAGAUUAAGUGCCAGGUGAAAGCUCCCAACUAUAUUUUCAUUUAUAAUAUCAAUAAAAUAUUUGCCAAAAAUACAGGUUUCUUAAGUAAAGUUAUCUGCACUCUUAUUCCAGCUUUAGGAUAUUCAAAAACUUCGACCACAUUUUAUGAAGAAUGCUACAGAAAAUUUUAUACCUAGAAAACUGGAAUUUUAGUUCUUUGAUACAAAUUCUACUUUAUCCAACCACUAGUAAGAAGGUAAAAUCUUGUUCUGGUUUGCUAUUUAAAUCUUACUGAUUAAAUAGAAAAAACAAAAAGUGAAAUUCCUUGAGUUUCUUUGUCUUCAGUGUCAACUUUGUAUUACUUAAUCCUUCUAGCAACUGAACUGAAAAUAUUUAUAAAAAUUACAGUAAAGUGCAGAAAUAUUUUAUUUGGGGAAUCAAAAUAUGAACAGAGGAUAGGAAAGAUGAAAGUUUGCCUUUAGAAGACUGUAUCAUUUUUUCUCAAACUGUAAAAGUAGAUGAUUUUUACUUCAGUUCAACAAAGGUAAACAUGAGUUUUGUGGGAAAGGACUUUGAAAUUCUGCUACAUUGUUUUCUUCUAGCUUGUAGAUUUUUUUUAGAUUAGCAAUAUCUUAUUUGUAGACUCAGCGAUUUAUUUUUCUUUUGAAGGAAGAAAGUUUUAACUCUUCUGUUGGCAUUCACUGAUUUUAGUUACAUGUUCGUAGAGAUUUUGAUGAAAUGGUACAUUUGUAGUAAAUACAAAUGAGCUUUUCAGUUUUCCUUUGCUGUUUUAAUUUCUGCCUUGUGUGCGUACGUGCUAAGUCACUUCAGUCAUGUCUGACUCUGCAACCCUAUGGGCCAUAGCCCACCAGGCUCCUCUAUCCAUGGGAUUCUCCAGGCAGGAAUACUGGAGUGGGUUGCCAUGCUCUCCUCCAGGGAAUCUUCCCGACCUAGGGAUCAAACCUGUGUUUCUUGUGUAUCCUGCAUCAGCAGGCAGGUUCUUUACCACUAGCGCCACCUGGAAAGCCCAAUUUCUGCCUUAGGUAUAAGCAAAAUUUAUUUUCAUAUUUGAACUAAUUUAUUUAAGAUUUGUCUCUAAAAUUUCAACCUAAUCUCAGUUAAUGAGACUUCAAAAAUAGAAAUUGCUUUUCAAACUAGUGGAUUAUACUAGUUUGAAGGCUUUUUAUUUUCCCGUUAACAAGGGAAAAUGCUGAAUUUAUUCAAGAUGAUGCCAGGUAACCAGUUUUGCAGUUUAAAAAUUUGUUGAUGUUUUCAGUGCUCUAUUUACCUCAGAGGUAACUCUAAAGGUGGUCGGGGAGGGUAAUGAAAAUAAAAUCAAAAUCCUGAACAAAAAUAAUUUUAUGCUUCCUGCAAGAAAGAUACUCUGUAAAUUCAGGAGAUCUGAAUCAAAUUACUGAACAUUUUGGAAUUUGAAAGAAAUUACAUGGUACUUAUGAUUCGAUCACAAGAGUAUUAUAGUGGCCAUAUUACAGUAAAGAUUAUAAAUGUCCUUGUUUAAUGUUUCCAUAAUUAAGGACAGCUUUUGUAUCUAAGAAAAUGUUCAUUGGGGGAAAAAAUUUUAAACUAGGUUUUUUAGAAUAGUCCUACAUUGUUGGCAAUUAAGGGACAACUAAAAGAAAAAAUGUAGAAUAUUUAAUGUCAUCAUGUAUUUCUUUGAUUAGGCAUAAAAUAUAAACAACUGCUUUUCCUUCAGAAUAUGGAUUUUUUUUUCAAUAUCUAAAAUUUACCUGGUCAGCCUAUAGGAUUUCCCAGUGAGACAAGUCAGUAUAAAUUAGGUGGAUUUUGCCCCUUUUAUACCUUCUGUUGUCUUUUUAUCACAUGAGAACGUAUUUUAAAAUACAUGAUUGAAUUUUUACUUCUUAAAAUUUUGAGUGUGGAAUUCUUUUCUUUUAACCCUUUGAUAUGUUAGUGUAAAUUAGUACUUUUAUAAUACUACUAGGCUUUAUUUUUUUAUGGAACAUGAUUUAAAAAUUUUUGAAGUGUUAAUUUGGCAGUGCUUUAAAUCUCUUCAUUAUGUGCCAAUACUGACAAGAAAAAGUUUUUUUAGUGUAUUGAAUUCACUAUGUAUUCAAUAAAUUCUAUUUUAAAAUAAAA